AUGAUCGCCAACAUCCUCGCUCUCAUUCCGUUCGCCCUCCUCGCUGUUGCUGGUGACAGCGGCCAGUGCAACACUGGUGAAAUUCAGUGCUGCAACAACAGCACCAGCUAUGAUUCAUACGCUGCUCAAAAAGCCUUCAACGAGACCGGCCUCGUCGACGUUGUUGCAGUGGUAAACGCUUACGUUGGUCUCACCUGCUCUGGCAUUAGCGUUGUCGGCACUUCCGACGGCUGCUCUGCUAACCAGCAGCCACUUUGCUGCGAGGACAACAAAUACAACGGUGUUGUCAGCCUUGGCUGCACUCCCGUCAAUGUCAACCUAUAG